AUGGAGCAGAUAGAGCUGGAGAAGAGCCGCUACUCCGACCACGAGGUCCGCAAGCUGGAGGAGGAGGAGCAGCUCAGGAGGAGGAAGGACAGCUCGUACGACGACGAUGAGGCGCCUGGUAAAACCGUGGUCAUGGCCCAGGACCUGGAGGACAAGUGGGAGCAGAAGUUGCUGCAGUUCAGCCCGGCCCCGCGGGUGACAGAUGCUGAUAAAAAAGAUGAUCGAACAUCUCUGAACAGGAAGCUGGAUAGUAACCUGAUGCUGCUGGUGAAGCAGAAGAUUGGUGACCAGGAGCUGUGGCUCCUGCCUCAAGUGGAAUGGCAGCCUGGAGAGACUAUGCGAAACACAGCUGAGCGGGCCAUGGCUAUGUUUUUGGGAGAUCACAUUCAAGCGAAAAUCCUGGGGAACGCACCACAUGGGAUUUACAAGUAUAAGUUUCCCAGGGCCAUCAGGACUGAGGAUAACGUGGGAGCCAAAGUAUUCUUCUACAAAGCCUUCCUCCAGAGCAGCGAUCUGUCACAGGCAGAGCUGAAGAAAGAUUAUCUGUGGGUCACGAAGGAUGAGCUGGGAGGUUACUUGAAGUCGGAGUACCUGAAAAAAGUCAAUCGAUUCCUUCUGGACUUCUAA